AGGCGUUUUGACGUUCAAACAGCAUCCGGAAGUAAUAAGCACGCUGCCUAACUUGGCAUGGUUGGGACCCAGCCAACUGGUGGAGGUGGCUGAAGGAAUCUCGCUGACAGAUCGGACAACGAAAUACAGUUCGCGGGACGGGAAAAGACCCGCAAGCGUUGUUGAAGACACCAGAAGUGUACGACUUGUUAAUGAGCGUGUUUUUUUUUUAAGGAGGUCGACAAAAAUAGGAAACUAUCAUGAUGGCAGUACUGGGCAACGCCGGUCGCUUGAUUCAAUUUGUCAGGAGCAGUGUCAGUCUAAGCGUGAGGGCCCGUGCGACUGCUGCAGCUUUGGCCGAUACUGCAACCCCAGAAACACUGGACAAUCGGAAACCCAAGACAGGCAUUCUGAUGCUGAACAUGGGAGGACCUGAAAAACUAGAAGAUGUACACGACUUCCUGCUGAGGCUCUUCAUGGACACAGACCUGAUGAAGCUUCCAGUUCAGAAUAAGCUGGGGCCCUUCAUUGCCAAGCGCCGCACGCCGAAGAUCCAGGAGCAGUACAGUAAGAUUGGAGGAGGCUCGCCCAUCAAACGUUGGACAGCCAUGCAGGGAGAGGGCAUGGUGAAGCUGUUGGAUGAGAUGAGCCCCGAGACAGCCCCUCAUAAGUUCUACAUUGGUUUCCGGUACGUCCAUCCACUGACUGAGGAAGCCAUCGAGGAGAUGGAGAAAGAUGGAGUGGACCGAGCUGUGGCCUUCACACAAUAUCCUCAGUAUAGCUGCUCCACCACAGGUAGCAGUUUAAACGCCAUCUACCGUUACUAUAGAAGCAGAGGCGACAGGCCGAAAAUGUGCUGGAGUGUCAUUGACCGUUGGCCCACACACCCUCUGCUGGUGGAGUGUUUUGCAGAACACGUCAGUAAUGAGCUGAUGAAGUUUCCAGAAGAGAAGCGAGAUGACGUAGUGAUUCUAUUCUCAGCCCAUUCACUUCCUAUGGCUGUUGUUAACAGAGGUGACCCAUAUCCCCAGGAAGUGGGAGCCACAGUCCAGAGAGUUAUGGAGAGACUCGGACACUGUAACCCUUACAGACUGGUGUGGCAGUCCAGGGUGGGGCCCAUGGCAUGGCUCGGCCCCCAGACUGACGAGGUCAUUAAAGGUCUUUGUGAAAGGGGUAAGAAGAACAUCCUGCUAGUGCCAAUCGCCUUCACCUCCGACCACAUAGAGACUCUCCAUGAGCUGGACAUCGAGUAUGGACAAGUCCUGGGUGAGGAGUGUGGUGUAGAGAACCUCAGAAGAGCAGAGUCGUUGAAUGGGAAUCCUCUGUUUAUGAAGGCUCUGGCAGAACUGGUCCAAUCCCACCUGAAGUCCAAUGAGCCAUGUUCGCGCCAGCUGACCCUGCGCUGCCCACUGUGCACCAAUCCCACCUGUGGGGAGACUAAGGCCUUUUUUGCCAGCCAGAAACUGUCAUAGAACACAUGCACAGACGAGCACACUCGUGCUGCUUCUGGAGACAUUACGAAAAUAUGUGCUGUCCAAUGUAGAAAUCCAGUUCAUACCGACUUAAACAUUUUUUAAAAAAGGAGUACUAAAGCCACAAUUUAUUUUGCAAGAAUAUGGUGUAUACACCUCUACUGGUCUAAACAGUAUUCUUACUAAUAUUGUAUUUGUGGAAUGAGAAUUAAAACAUGAAUUCAUCAGUUUUCACCGAUUUCAGGUAGCUGGCAUGUUGUGUCAUGUCCCAUUUGGAUGACAAAAUUUAAGCCCGUUUGGGUUCAAACCAUCACAUCAUCCACCCUUGGUUAGACGAGUUAUCACAACAUGCACAGGGAGGCCACUUAACUGAUGCAACACGCAGGGUAUUUGUGACAUUAAUUCCGGUCGACAGCAGGAGGGGGCUACCUAAAAUGGAUGUAAAUUGACAAAUUUAUCUGUUUUAAUUCUUAUUCCACAAAUGGAAUAUUAGUCAGGAUACCGGAAAGGAAAUUUUUGGAGAAGGAAAGUUUGGGAUAAGGUAUGUGUCGGCAUCUCAUAUUUUUUCAAUAUCUUUUGUUUACACAGAAACCAUUUUAAAAAAAUGUUUUUUUUUGGGGUUUUUUUUUUUUUUUUUGGCUUCAUGUUUGGAAUCAGAGUGGCGUGGUGUGUCUAGCACAUCCACCUUCACGUUCUGGGGAUCCAGCCUCUCCCGUGCGGAGUUUGCAUGUUCUCACCGUGCUUGCAUGGGUUUUUUCCAGGUACUCCGGGUUCCUUCCACAUCCCGGUAACAUGCAUGGUAGGUCAAUUGAAAAUUCUAAAUUGCCUAUAGGUUUGAAAGUAAGUGCCAUUGGUUGUUUGUUUGUUUAUAUGCUCCCUCCGAUUGGGUGAUGACCUCUUCUGGGUGUCUCCAAUUUCUUGCCCAAAGUCGGCUGGGAGAGCACACACGCUGCUCUAGUUAGGAUAAGCGCUACGGAAAAUGGAUGGAUGAUGAAUUCAGUAGAAAACUGAAACAUAUUCAAAUAUUUAAAGUCAGCUAAUAGUAAAACUAAGACAUCCAAAUUUAGAAAUAGGCGCAAUAACUGCAGAAACAUCUCAAAAUAAGUCAAAAACCAUUGCAGUGUUUUUAAGUCCCUUUUUUUUUUGCGGCAAACUUUGUUCUAUUUUCUAUCAUCUCAGCCCCUGAUAACUACUUUCUUGUUUUUCUGCUGACUGACUGCAGUCAAAAUGCUGUGAUGUUUUCCUCUUUGUGGUAUCAACACAGGGUGAAGUAAACAUUGAAGCAUAAGUGUAAAUCACAGCGAGGGUCUCAACCUUGCCUCAAUUUGAGAGAUUGUUUAUUAACUUUCUUUAAUCAUAUUCUAUAGAUUUUUCUAAACGUCCAUGUGUCUCGCAGCAGGCGGUUCCAAGGUCAGCUAUUUGUUUAUCCAUCCAUCCUUGAGAUUUUCCAUGAAUUAUUAUGUUUAAAAGGGACAACUCACUGAAAAAAAAAUCAUAUUGUCUUGAGAUGUAUAAACGUCCCUUAAAGAUAUUCAGUUGUUUUUGUCCUACGUUAGCAUUAUAAUGUGCCUUCUAUAUAUCAAUGUAUUUUUUUCUAGAUUUUGCUAUUUUACUGAAUGACAUGCUUGACCAUUGGUCGAUGGAUGCGAGUAAUGAGUAACAUUCAGGCCAUGGGUGGUUGUCUUCAAAAAGAAGAUUUAGUAUUCAGUCAGGCAAAGAAAUGCAAGUUCCUUGUUGGAUCAUUUGACCCUUGUCAACAUUGGUACAAUGUAACCACUGGUGCUGAACAACUAGCAUAAUUUUACUGACUUAGUUUUGCCUCAGCAUCAACCAUCGUCCCUGAAAUGCAUCCAGAAUUGCAAUUUACAGCUUUAUGUCUCCAGAUACUCAAACUCAUGAUGUUUGUGCUUCCAAAAAUUUUGAAAGCUUGCGAAAAAUAUAUAUAGCAUAUAUAAAUGAGAUUGCAUGAAGUGUCAACAUUUUUUUACGAGGUUUCCAGACUAAAUUAAAACGGUAUUAGCACAACUAAUGGCAGAUACAUUUAGAGUUGGCUGUGUGCUAAAAUAAGAUAAGGUCAUUGUAAAACAAUACAGUUACAUUUUAGCCACCACACAACACAUAUUGCUUUAAUGUAGCGCACAAUUUAGGAGCGAAAAAAAAAAAAGAGCAAGCAGUUGAAUGAGGUUAUCUGUUGUUUGGGCUAAAGCAAUUUCUGCUGCCAAAAGGUGGCAUAGAAUUACUUAAUAAUCAAGAUUUCUAGUUACUAAGUUACGAGCUCCAGUAUAUUUUUAUUUGCAUUUAUUUUUUUGCGUUUGAUUUGUUGCAUUAUGCAACAGAUUUUUCCACACUGUUGAAAGCAACAUUUGAGUUUUGGUAUGUCAGCAUGUCUUCCUGUGUGGUCAAAUAAAUGCCAAAAUGUGAUGCAUGCCAACUGUGAUUUCUGACCAUUGUGAGAAAUGACUUUUCAGUUGACAAGCUUUUCUAAAACAACCUGACAUCCAGAAGUUUA